AUGGAUAAUCUAUAUCAUCAAUUGAAUAGUUUACAAUGUUUAUCCAUUACGGAUUAUUUAAAACAUAAGAUGAAUCUAAAUAAUAAAUCAAAUAGUAGUAGUAUUAUUAUAACAACACCUGAAUUAAUGGAAGCAUUAAGAAGAUUAUCAUAUAAAUUUGGUAUCAUUAAAACAUCUAAUUAUUUUAUUGAUCAUAAUCAUGUUUUUAAAAAAGAUCGAUUAAAUUUGAAUUUCGCGAAUUUGGUGUCUCAAGGUCAUUGCUUAUUAAAACAAUUACAUGAUCAAUGUUCAAUAUUGAAUAUAACAAAAAUGAUAGAAAAGAAUAAUAUUCAAUCAGAAAUCUAUAAAAUUUAUGAAAAAUUUAUUGAUUUUGAAAACCAUUUAAAAUCAUUUUAUGAAAUCGCUUGUCAACAAAUAGAAAUGAUAAAUAAUCAAUUAAAUGUUACCAAUCAAUUAAUUGGUUAUAAAAAUAAUCUAAAUUGUAUUGGAUCUACUAAAUAUACCCAAGUAUAUCAACCUGAUUUAAGUCAAGAGAAAAGACCUCGUAUUGCUCCACGAUUUAAUAUUCCUAAUUAUGAUCAAAUAACUUGUGAUCCUUUAGAUCAAUUAAAUAAAAGCUGUGAAACAAAGCACAAUGAAGUUCAAUGGCCACCAACAAUUCAGGAACAAGCAGGAAUAUGUAUCAAGUAUCCUGGUGAAUCAGAAACUCAUUCAGCAUAUACAAAACCAAAUCAUUGUGUAUCAGAAGUUUUAACAAAUCAUGGUCAACUACGUGUAUGUAAACCAGGUUAUCAAAUUAAUCCACAUUCAGAAAUUAAACUAGAAGGAUAUGGUCCUAUCAAACAAUAUGAAUUGAAUAAAAUCGAACAAUCAGAGUAUAUACAAACAUAUACUUGGCCAGAUGGUAAAAAAAUACACACAAAUCCAUGGAAUAGAUCACGAGGAGCUAAUCAUUUCUAUGGUAUUAAAUAA